AUGUCGAAGCCUGACCCUCGAGCGACGGCGGCCACCAGACCUAUAACCCGACGUCCCGCUCCGGCGCGCUCAAUGUCUGGGGGUGUGCCGAAAAGCAUUGGACGUCGAGCAUCUGUGUCAGGUCUUGCGCUUACCGGGAACCUCAACCCAGUAUCUGGCCUGCCGAAAGCCCAGAGAUCCUCCAAGACGACCCAGAAACUUGUCGUACUUCCCUCUGAGCCACAGACAAAGCCACUGCCUCCACCGGAAGAAGAGGAAGACGACUUACAUGGAUACGAGACCGAUCGAGGGGUCCGAGACUACAAGAGUGCUGGUGAACGCAUGACCAAGGCGCAGCGGGAGAAGGCUGGGUUUAAGCGCAUCACUGCGUAUUGUGUUGCGGACGAAUUCAAGAUGAAGCUGCUCGCGAGUUUUCUGAAGCGCGAACACAACGUGCAACCGAGAGUUUUCGACGAGGCGAUGUACGUGAUAUACCACCUACCACUGCUUCCUGGGUACGGCCGGCACUCAAAUAUUCGCUCUUCGGCUGCACCCAUCUCUUCGGGCUCGGACGAUCCUUCUUCGUGGUUAUCGGAGGCCGAAGAAGAGGGUUAUCAAGGCACGUAUUUCGACUCUGCGCCAGAGGCCGAUGGCGUACCUUCGCACCACGAUGGCUGGAUGUCGUCCUCGCCUCCUGUUAUAGGUGGCAGCGUGGUAUCUCCUACAUCUUUACUCCCUCCUGGAGAGCCACCCGCAGAAACGAACCCAGUCCCGCCGAGAAAGCAGAGGCGGAAGAGAGACAACAGGAACGAUGAUCAGGCUGAACAUGGGAUGAACGACGAGGAUUACGCCGAGGUCAUAUUCUUCGCAUACGGCGUUGUGGUGUUCUUCGGCUUGUCGGAGCAGCAAGAACGGGGUAUAUUGGAAGACGUGGAGGGUGCAGCCAUCAUGCGGAAGAAGCUCGUAGAGAACGAUUGGGAGGUUGAGGAAUGUCACUAUGCGCAUGAUCCAAAUAUCGCGUAUCCAAGGAUAUACAAUGACUUCUUUACCUUCAAGUCUCACUCGCACCUCCUCAAGCUCUCCGUCGCCCACGCGCUUGCACAGUCCACUCUCCUAGCGCACUAUGAAACGCAUGCAACACGCAUUUUGUCUUCGCCGCGUACCGUAUCCAUCCCCCAACAGCUCGCAUCGACUGGCGUGCUCGCGCUCCCGCGGAAAGAGGCGCUCCGCCUGACAGGCCGGUUAUUCACGCUGCGCCGCGAUGUGAAUCUCGUAAGCAACGUACUGGACGUGCCGGAGCUGUUCUGGAGCGAAGCGAGCCUGAAGGCAUUGUAUGACGCCGUGAGGGAGUACAUGGAGAUCGAUGGACGUGUCAAGGUGUUGAACGAGAAGCUAGCGGUAGCAGAGGAUUUGCUAGGCGCGAUACAUGACCACUUGAACAACAAUGCCAUGGAGCGUAUAACGUGGAUCAUCAUUUGGCUCAUUGUGGUCGCCUGUCUCGUCGAAAGUGGUGAAGUCAUCGCAAGACUUGUUGUCCACGCGACGAUGGGUGGCGCGGAAGCAACUGCUGCCUCGGCAACAUGUACAAACGCCGUUGCCGCGCUGAACACCCUAUCAAAAGAGGAGGCUUUGGUCAUUCUGCAGCGCAUAGCAAACGGAGGUUCGAUGUAA